GAUAAGCGCAGCGCGCUCGCUCGCUCGUCCUGGCCGCGUUUGUACACAGCAGUCUAUCCGAAGCAGCGAGUGCAGCAACGGAGCCGGCCUCUUUCUCUUUCUCGGCGGAGGAGCUGAGGCGCUGCUGAGGCGCCAGCUGCACCAUGGCGGUGGAAGAAGAGGGGCUCCGGGUGUUUCAGAGCGUCAGGAUAAAAAUAGGAGAAGCCAAAAAUCUUCCUACAUAUCCAGGGCCAAACAAGAUGAGGGAUUGCUACUGUACUGUAAACCUGGACCAAGAAGAGGUUUUCAGGACCAAAAUAGUGGAGAAAUCUCUAUGCCCUUUUUAUGGAGAAGACUUUUACUGUGAGAUUCCACGGAGUUUUCGUCACUUGUCAUUUUACAUUUUCGAUAGAGAUGUUUUCCGCAGGGAUUCAAUUAUUGGAAAAGUAGCAAUAUUGAAAGAAGAUUUGCAGAAGUACCACAACAGAGACACAUGGUUUCAGUUGCAACAUGUUGAUGCUGAUUCAGAAGUACAGGGAAAGGUCCAUCUAGAGUUGAGGCUGAGUGAAGUCAUAACAGAUACUGGUGUUGUUUGCCAUAAACUUGCUACACGAGUUCUAGAAUGCCGAGGCCUACCAAUUGUGAAUGGGCAGUGUGAUCCCUAUGCAACAGUUACCUUGGCAGGACCAUGCAGAUCAGACGUCAAAAAGACUAAAGUUAAAAAGAAGACUAAUAAUCCACAGUUUGAUGAAGUUUUUUACUUUGAGGUUACCAGGCCCUGUAGCUAUAACAAGAAAUCCCACUUUGAAAUUGAAGAUGCUGAUGAAGUUGACAAGAUGGAAAUUAGAGUUGGCCUUUGGAAUGCAAGCAACUUGAAGUUUGGCGAUGAGUUCUUAGGAGAACUAAGGCUACCUUUGAAAUUUCUUCGGCAAUCUAGCUCUUAUGAAGCAUGGUAUUUCCUGCAACCCAGAGAUAAUGGCAACAAGUCGCUGAAACCUGAUGACCUGGGUUCCUUGAGAUUAAAUGUGGUUUACACUGAAGACCAUGUUUUUCCUUCAGACUAUUAUAGCCCACUUAGAGACCUCUUAUUAAAAUCUUCAGAUGUUGAGCCUGUUUCAGCAUCUACUGCCCAUGUGUUGGGUGAAGUCUGCAGGGAAAAGCAGGAGGCAGCCAUACCUCUGGUUCGACUCUUCUUACACUAUGGCAAAAUUGUGCCUUUGAUUAGUGCAAUUGCAAAUGCUGAAGUAAAAAGAACUCAAGAUCCAAACACCAUUUUCAGAGGAAACUCAUUAACUUCCAAGUGCAUUGAUGAAACCAUGAAACUGGCAGGGAUGCAUUACCUUCAAGUUACACUAAAGCCAACUAUUGACGAGAUCUGCCAACAGCAUAAAUCUUGUGAAAUAGAUCCUGUGAAGUUGAAAGAUGGUGAAAAUUUGGAAACUAACAAGGAAAAUCUGAGGCAGUAUGUCGAUCGGAUUUUCACUGUAAUUACAAAAUCUGGAGUCAGUUGUCCGACAGUGAUGUGUGAUAUAUUUUUUUCACUGCGGGAGUCAGCUGCCAUACGUUUCCAAGAUGACCCUGAUGUUAGGUACACAGCUGUAAGCAGUUUUAUUUUUCUGAGAUUCUUUGCACCUGCAAUUCUUUCUCCAAACCUCUUCCAUCUUACAGCACACCACCCAGAUCCACAGACCUCAAGAACUUUGACACUGAUUUCCAAGACCAUACAAACAUUAGGCAGCUUAUCAAAAUCUAAGUCUGCAAGUUUCAAGGAGUCUUACAUGGCUACAUUUUAUGACUACUUUAAUGAGCAGAAAUAUGCUGAUGCAGUCAAAAAUUUUUUAGACCUGAUUUCAUCCUCUGGAAGAAGAGAUCACAAGAGUAUAGAGCAGCCAAUACUACUUAAAGAAGGGUUCAUGAUCAAGCGGGCACAAGGCAGAAAACGAUUCGGUAUGAAGAAUUUCAAGAAGAGAUGGUUUCGACUCUCAAACCAUGAAUUUACCUAUCAGAAAAGCAAAGGUGAUCACCCACUGUGCAGCAUUCCAAUUGAAAAUAUCCUGGCAGUAGAAAAAUUGGAGGAGGAGUCCUUCAAAAUGAAAAAUAUGUUCCAAGUGAUUCAGCCUGAAAGAGUCUUGUACAUCCAGGCAAAUAACUGUGUUGAGGCCAAGGACUGGAUUGAUAUCCUCACCAAAGUUAGCCAGUGUAACAAGAAACGUCUCUCUGUCUACCACCCCUCUGCAUAUCUUAAUGGGCACUGGCUGUGCUGCAAAGCAACAGCAGAUAAUACUCCUGGCUGUACUCCCUGCACUGGGGGGCUACCAGCUAAUAUACAAUUAGACAUAGAUGGAGACAGAGAAACAGAACGAAUCUACUCCCUUUUCAAUUUGUAUAUGGUCAAAAUGGAAAAAAUGCAAGAGGCUUGUGGCAGCAAAUCUGUGUAUGAUGGGCCAGAACAGGAAGAGUAUUCAACCUUUGUCAUCGACGACCCUCAGGAGACCUACAAGACAUUAAAACAAAUUGUAGAAAAUGUUAAAACCUUAGAGCAGGAACAUGCCCAGUACAAGAGGGAUAAGUUCAAGAAGACAAAAUAUGGAAGCCAGGAACAUCCCAUUGGUGACAAGAGCUUCCAGAGUUAUAUCAGGCAGCAGUCAGAAACCUCAGCACAUUCCAUUUGAAGUUUGAAGGACAGUGCAAGGCUGUGCUGAAGGGUCAAAUUUAAAAGAAAAACCAGGAAGCCACCUAUAGCAAGAUGUAUAUAAUGAGCAUUGAACUUGCUGAGGCUUGCUAAGUAUUUUCUCUUUCCAAGAACUGUUACAGUAGUUGCUAUGCACUUUAUUCAUCUGAUGUUAACAGAUGAAGUAACUCUGCCUUCUGGCAGUUUUUGUCAUAUAUGGGGUUUUUUUAAAAUGUUACUCUGGUUUUUUUGAAUUUAGUGAUCAGUUCAAUGAUCAGGGUGUGUGGACUUCAUAUGACAACUUCCACAAUUCUUUACAUGAUUGAGACUGCUUUUGGAUGAGAUUGGUUGUUCUUGGUUGCUGGCUACUUUUGUGCUAUGCCACAUAUCAGUUAGGGAAAGCUUUUUGGACUGGAGUUUUUUAAUUGCUCUGUUUCAAAAAAAAGUGGAGAGAAGCCCCUUUGGGGUUUUGGUGUAGUCUUGCCACACUGCAGCUUUUAAUACCACAAGCAGGAUAUUUUAGUUUUAGCAGCAGCCCCGUCAGUUAAGGGCCAGCUUUUUUCAGAGAAAGUCUAGUAUUUAAUGGUACUCCUCGGUACUUUUGAGAUCCAAAAUUGUGCCCACCAAGGCAUUCAGUUAAUUUCUAUUUUUGCUAUAAAGUGGUGCCAUAAAUUUGAAUAAUGCAAACUAAAGCAAGUAAACAAAGUGUAAAUAGUAUAAGACUGCAUGGAGAUCAGCCACAGAAAAAUUGAUUUGGAUAUUUUGAUGACUCUUUUUCUCCUGGCUAAGGACCACUGGAAGCCCAACACAUUUUCUGCUUCUGUAGUACUUCCAUAUAAGAAGAAAUUGUUCAGACCAUGUGCAGUUUGUCAUCUGUGCUGAGUGUGCAAGUUUCUUUUGACUGCAUGUUCACACAGUAAAAAAUCAGUGGUAAAACCAAUGAAUGAAAAUGGAUUUCCUAUAUUGCACUGUAGUCCCAAAAUAUUUUUAAUUCCACCUAGUUUAUCCUCAGGGAAAAUGUGAAGAGCUAGGAACUGCUGUAUUCUGUCAUAAUACCCUUUCUAGUAAGGUUGACUGCUGCAAAUUAGAUACUAAUGCCAUUUCAGAUGGAGGAAUGGAUGUGAAUAAAGUCGCACUAUGAUAUUCUACACAUGAUUUGCACACCCUACAGAGAAGUAUUAAUCGUGUAGGAAAACAAGAUUUCUUUCAAAGCAGGCUGAAGAGGACAGAGCUGUAAUUUAAGAGAAGCUUGUUAUAAUUAGGAAGUAUUGCUGCCUUAACUCUACAGGAGAAACAUGUCUGAGGGAUGGGCCUGUCAGUGUGUUAUACAUAUAGAAUCCUUACUGAAAUGUUGUGUAGACUUUUUGUAUCAAAUGAUUUUUAAAGCUGAAGUUCAUGUUCUCCUAGCACUACUGAAUUUGCUUUGGAUGAAAUUUUAUACUUUCUACAAAAAAUGUCCCAAGAAUAGAGAAGUUGGUUCUCCCACCGCCCCAUCAACACACAGUUAUUUAAUAUAUAAUGAGGCUGUUUACAUGAGCAGCCCUACCAGGGAUCAUGAAGUAAAGUGAAGGGAUCCUGGCACUUCCUGCAGGGUAGCCUAUGAAUUUCCCCUGGGCUAUUACCCAGGGAGAAGGGCGCGGCUGCACCCUUCUACCAGGGGAUCCCAGUUGUGUGACUGCUCGGGCUGCCUGCAGUCCAAGGAGACACAGAGCCGGGUGCCUAGAGUGCCCAGCUUGAGGGGGGAUCCCCUGAUACACUGUGCUUCUCAUGCAGUGCAUUUUGGGAUUUCUGGAGGCCAGGCAGUAUCCUCCUGCCUCCCCUUCCCCCCAGCUCUCCCUUGCCACCAGGGAUUUCAGUCAUGUGAAUGACCUUAAUGAGUUUAGAUGAAGUGGAACGACCUAUGUACCUCAUAAAUCAAAUGUUAAGGAAGGGGAAUGAAGAAGUCUGUGUGUGUGUACAUUUUUACACAUGUAUAUGUAUUUGCUGUUUAGUUGUAUGUCAUAAUUAUCUCUAAAGAUCUGGUUCAAUGCAUGUUGGGCUUUGGUGAAUAAUGUGACAGAAGUUAUGGAAUAGGUGCGGAUAUUUUUGGACCAUAAUUAAUGAGCUUUCAGCUUGAUGUGAAGAUUCCAUACCUUUGCCUGAUAGUGUUUCUGAAUAAUUCUUCAGCUUCCUCCAAGCAUUUGGAGCAUAAAAUAAAUAUUGAAAGUCAAUAUUUGCAAUCCAGUCCCAUAAUGUUAAAAUAUCAUAAAAAUAAAUGAGGGCUUUUAUUCAGCCUUUUUGUUGUUGUUAGCAUUACAGCAUACUAGAAUGCUAGAAGAUGAGAAAUGAUAUCCUAUCAGUUGCCAACAGGAAGACUGAGAAAGAAUGGUACUAUGUGCCGUGAACUGCCAUUUUAGAAAGCAAUUUUAGAAAACCAGCUUUUUAAAAAACAAAAAAUGUAUUUGUAACUUGAUAGUCUUUUAAUUAAAUACUAAUGACCUGCAAUGUGUGCUCUGUUUGCCAAUUAAAAGAAGUGUUUUAUUUCUAAAAAUCUUGUGCACAUGUGUUACUAGUUAAACAGCCCUGGCCUUUUCCAAAAGAAAGAGGAAGAAGCUUGCUACAUAGUUCUCAGUAAUGGGCAACAAUCAACCGUACAUGCCCCAGCCCUGCUAAUACCUUUGUGAAAAGUUAUCUGUAUUUUGAAGGGCUGUAGACAUUAACCAGUUUAUUAAGGGUGCAAGCCUGUGCAAUCUUACUUGGAAGUAAGUCCCACUGAAUACAGUGGGACUUGUUUUCAAGUAUAUAUGCCUAGGAUUGGGCUGCAUAGCUUCAAUCCAAUGCACACUUUCUAGGGAGUAAACACCAUGGAACUCAAUAGGAUUUGUUCUAAGUAAACAUGCAUAGGAUCAGACUACACAGCUUUGCAUAUUAGUGAGGCCCAAUUUUAAUUGGUGCACUGAGAUUGAAAGGCACACUUGAAGGGAAAUUUUUUAGGCUAUUUUGUUUUGGGGUGUGUUUGUAAUACAGGGUACAAACAUAUUAAAGAUGUUUCCUUC